AUUUUCUUGCUUAUGUUCUCUUUUGUAUAUAUUUUUUCCUGUUGAUUUUACUCGAGUAAUUGUUUUGCUUGGGCGAGAGACGCGCGUUUAUGUAAUUUGUGAUCUAUUUAGCGUUUAAUUCGUAAAAUAAGUUUAGGGAAAUAAAGUUAGGGCAAAGGAGGAGGACGUGUGGUGGACCUUCACGGCAUGGUGCAUGUGGUCAACUGGUGAAGAACUUCAAAUUUGUCAUCAUUGCUGGAAAUAUAAGAUUGAAGAGGCUGAGUGUUCUUCUUCGAGGGAUCUAAAAUGGACUUUCUUUGGGUCUUUCUUCUGGUGUUAGAGAUGGUUCUGAUGUCCAGUGCAGCUAGAGGUCCCCCCAGAGUCUCAGAGCGAGUAGCCCAUCGGCAGAGCAUUCGUCUGGGCCGCACGAUGAAGCUGCCAUGUCCUGUGGAGGGAGAUCCCCCGCCCCUCAUCAUGUGGACCAAAGACGGCCGUAACAUCCACAGUGGCUGGACACGCUUCCGAGUGUUACAGCAGGGUCUGCGCAUCAAAGAGGUGGAGACUGAAGAUGCUGGAACGUACAUCUGCAAAGCCACCAAUGGCUUCGGAAGUGUCAACAUCAACUACACACUCAUUGUUAUAGAUGAUUCCAGUUCAAGAAGUGGAAUAGGACCCAGCAACGGAGGGUCUGAAAACGCCCCAGAGUUGGCUGGGAAACUCGUGCGCCCUCGCUUCACCCAGCCUGCCAAGAUGAGGAAGCGUGUGAUCAUCCGCCCCGUGGGCAGCUCAGUGCGUCUGAAGUGCACGGCCAGUGGGAACCCGCGGCCGGACAUCGUGUGGCUCAAAGACAACAGGCCCCUGGUGGAUGAGGACAGUAGGGCGGCUGCAGUGGGAGAGCCCAAGAAGAAGAAGUGGACCUUGAGUUUGAAGAACCUCACUCCAGAGCACAGCGGGAAGUACACCUGCCAAGUGUCCAACCGGGCUGGAGAGAUCAACGCCACCUACAAAGUGGAAGUUAUACAGCGUACCAACUCCAAACCCAUUCUGACUGGUACCCAUCCCGUAAACACUACUGUGGACUACGGUGGUACGACCUCUUUCCAGUGUAAGGUGCGUAGUGAUGUCAAACCAGUCAUCCAGUGGCUUAAGAGAGUGGAGCCCGGAGAUGAGAACAAGUUCAACUCCACUAUAGAGGUUGGAGAUCAUCGCUUUGUGGUGCUGCCUACUGGGGAGGUGUGGUCCCGUCCUGAUGGCUCCUAUUUGAACAAGCUGCUCAUAACCAGAGCCAAAGAAGAAGAUGCCGGCAUGUACAUCUGCCUGGGUGCCAAUACAAUGGGUUACAGCUUCAGGAGUGCCUAUUUGACAGUGCUGCCAGAUGUGAAGCCUCCCAUGACUCCUGUGACCACGAACACAUCCCAGGGUCUGCCACUGCCCGUCAUCAUUGGCAUCCCAGCAGGUGUGGCCUUCAUCUUGGGCACCGCUCUCCUGUGGUUCUGCCAAUCCAAGCGCACCUGCUCCUCUUCCCCUUCUUCCUCUUCCGCACUUCCUGCUGCUCAGCGCCUACCUGCCUCCACCCGUGACCGACCGUGUCCCACCCUGCCAACUCAGCCGACCAAUGGAGAUAAAGACUGCGUUUCAUAUGAGGACUACAUCGCUCAUCAGCAGCUGCUCCUUACACAGGGAGGCACGGGGUUAGCUCCCAAGGUCUACCCGAAAAUUUACACAGAUAUACACACACACACACACUCGCACGUGGACGGGAAAGUGCAUCAACAUCAGCACAUUCACUACCAGUGUUAGCAGUGCGGAGGCUGGUAGCAAGCUGUGCCAUUUUCAACUUGUACAGACUCACAACAAACUGCCAAAAGCAAAAGGAUAACCACAUUUCUACAGUGUAUGGAGAGAUAAGGGAACACACAAUAUGUCCUCAAUGUGCUGCAGCCACUUGUGAACUUUUUACCCAGCAAUGAAGAAUGUACAAAUACAAUAUAAAGACUUAUUUCAAGCAAUUUUUCUAUUUGCAUAUCAAGCUCAAAGUAACAACAAACUUAUUACUGUUCAUUAUGGUACACUAAAAGCCCUCAGAAUUAGCAAAAGAAGCAGCUGUGAUUCUGUCCUUCAAAUACAUGUGUAUAUAGCAGAUUUUAAUUAUAGCGCAUCUAGCCUGCAGUUUCAUCUUGGCUCAUUUUUAAGGAAUAAUACUGUAUAACACGUGUAAAAUAAUAGCUUAAUUUCAGAGUGCAUAUCUCAGGCAGACUUCUAACCGAGCCAUAAGAACCACAGAACAAGACAAGCUUCACUAAAUCUACACCCAGAAAGAGAUGAGGGCCAACAGCCGCUCUGUACAGCUGCUGCACGGACACUGGGUGGAAAAAGAGGAGAUGUCAGAAUGAGUUACUGAGCAGGGGAGAGUCAGCACUCCCUUAGCAGAUCCAUUUCAGAAGCAGAAAUGAAAUAAUUUUAAUAUUUUUAUUUUUUUUUUUACUACAAUUUUCCAUGUUUAGUGACUUGACUGAGUGGUAGUCUCUUCUGGAGGUGGCACAUCCCAGCUGACGUGAGAACAAAGGAUUCUGGACAUUUGAGGACUACAAGUUCUCACCUCGCGUCAGCCGUUUAACCUCCUCAGCCCGGAGCGCAAAGGGACCGUGCAGCGGUGAAUACGGUGCCUCGGAAACAAUUGCUUCCAGAUUUUACAGAUUGUUCUUGGAUCGGUCACAUAUUUCUGUUCAUCUAUUCAGAGAUUUAAGGGAGACUUCAUCUUUAACUUUGUAACAUAAAGAUGGGACGUAAGGCCCUUUGGUGCUGCUCACAUUGUACCUGCUUUUUCUAUAUAGGCCAGGAAAUGUUUAUGGUCCCUUAUAUAAAAGAAGAAAGCGUGCAAGAUUUAAAUAUAUGGCUAAUUUAGUGUACUUUUCAUAUUUUAAAAUCGUGGCACUCCCAAUUUAAAAAAUUUGUGUCGUUAUAUAAAAAACAUACAUACAGAUAUAUUUUCUAACAUGUA